AUGGCUUCAUCUUCAGAAAACUGGAUUGAUAAAGUCUUGGAGCCAUAUCCAAUUGAAGAUGAAACUUAUCAUGAAAAUACUAAUGAAGUUAUUAAUAUGCUUAAUAUUUUACCUUCUGGUGUUUUUAGUAAUAAGAAAUUAGGUAUAAAACCAAAAGAAAGAAAUUUAAUAAGUAAAAGUUUAAGGCAAACAAAAAAAGCUUGUGAAAAGAGAGAAAAAAGAAAAAGAGCUAGAAAACAAACUAUAGAAGUUGUUGAAAGACCUUUUAAUGGGACAGAAGAAGAAGCUGAUAAAAUUAUAAAAAUGAGUAGAGUUGAUGACGUCAUAGCUAGUGUUGAUGAAAGAAUUGCAAGUCUUGGUAGAAUUAAUGUUGAACCUGAUGAUAAUCAAGAAAAAGAUAAUACUAAAGUUGAAGAACAAAAAAAAAAGAAAAAGGGAGUUGUUUCUCUUUUUAAAAAUACUUAUCCAAAAUAUUAUACAGAUGUAAUAGAUUCAUAUGAUUUAGAAGAAAUCUAUGGUGAUGCUAUUAAUUCUGAUAUAUAUCCAGUCACAUAUUCAUGGACUGAUCCAAAAUUUUUAAAAAGAAUAUCAUAUACAUAUGAUGAAUUACCUGAUUAUUUAAAAUUACUUAUAACAGAAGAUGAAUUAUAUGAUUAUGUUCCUGGUCAACAAAUAGGUCAUACAAUUUUUUCAAUACCAGUAUUAAUUGAAGACUUGGAUGACAAUGAAGAUGGUUGGAAGAAACAAAUAUCAUUUUUUGAAUCAAUUGUUUUAAAUAAUAUUGAUAUUCUUCUUGAUGCAGGACUUGAUAUUAAUAUACCACCAAGUAAUUCAAAAAUAUUAGAACUUUUAUGUUGUAAAUUUUACUAUCAUUCAAUUAUUUCUUCAAGAACUGAUAGAAGAAGAGUAGUAUGUCAAAAGAAUGACAAAAAAGAAUUAGAGCAAUUAGCUGAUUACAUUAGAAAAUAUGGUAUUGUUGGUAAAGAAGGAGAUAAAAAACUUAAUAAUAUUUUACUUACAACAAUUAAUACUACUGAGGAUAAAUCAAAAUUAUUUACUGAUCCAGAAGUACCAUACUUAAAAGAAAGUGUAACUCAUGUCAUAGAUUUAGACAAGAAAAAAAGAGAUGAAAUUUUAAAACGUAAGGCAGACUAUAUUCAAGUUUAUAGAAAUAUUAAUCAUGGAUAUCCACAUGUUGUUGCCUAUUUCAAUAAAACUUCAGAACGUUUUGAUAUAGCAAUGUCACGUAGAACAGAUGGCAAUCCAUGGUUAUCAGUUAGAGGAUUUAUUAGAGAUGGUAGUGCAAAAUAUGCUGGACCAAAAUUAAAACAUUCAAGAACUACUUAUGGUGGAGAAGUAAAAGCUCUUAAAAGAGUUGUAAAAUUAAUAAGUGGUCACGUCGCCAGAAGAAAAAUUUUAAGAUAA